CCAGGGUGGCCUUUCGGAAAGCGAGGGAACAGUUCGCGUUGCGCUCCGCCCAGCUCCGUUCCGCUCCGCAGAGCUGGAGGGACCGGGGUGCAGGCAGGGCGGCGCUCGGCUCCGGCUCCCUCAGUCCCACGCGCUCCCUCAGCCGCGGGGCCUGGGUCCCCGGGCCGCUCCCCAGAGGGCUGAGCGCACCGCGGCUGAGCGCUGAGCCGGGACCGGAGGGGAGGGUGGGAGCGAGCAGCGAGCAGAGUCGCGUGCACGGGCGCGCGGCUCCGGGUCCCCUCCCAGCCUCGGCCGGUGCCUGUCGUCGCCAGACUCCGGCUGCCAGUGGGAGGGGCUGUGCGCCCGCGACCCGCCGGGGACCGCAGCUGUUCAGCGGGAGUGUAGGGGCCAGUCCGCGCGACGGUACACUCGGGACAGGUCCCGGAUGAGAAGGAGCUGAGGACAGCCGAGUCCCACCUUCUCUGUGUGCUGGGAGCAGGGCCGUGUGGCCCCAGUGGCACCAAUGCCAAAGAACAGCAAGGUGACCCAGCGCGAGCACAGCAGCGAGCAUGUCACGGAGUCGGUGGCUGACCUCCUGGCCCUCGAGGAGCCUGUGGACUACAAGCAGAGUGUCCUGAAUGUGGCCGGUGGGGCAGGAGGAAAGCAGGGGGCAGCGGAGGAGGAGCUGGACGCAGAGGACCGGCCAGCCUGGAACAGCAAGCUGCAGUAUAUCCUGGCCCAGAUCGGCUUCUCCGUGGGCCUCGGCAACAUCUGGAGGUUCCCCUACCUGUGCCAGAAAAACGGAGGUGGUGCCUACCUGGUGCCCUACUUGGUGCUGCUGAUCAUCAUUGGGAUCCCGCUCUUCUUCCUGGAGCUGGCUGUGGGCCAGAGGAUCCGCCGUGGCAGCAUUGGCGUGUGGCAUUACGUGUGUCCCCGCCUGGGGGGCAUCGGCUUCUCCAGCUGUAUAGUCUGCCUCUUUGUUGGGCUGUAUUACAAUGUGAUCAUUGGGUGGAGCAUCUUCUACUUCUUCAAGUCCUUCCAGUACCCGCUGCCCUGGAGUGAAUGUCCUGUCAUCAGGAAUGGGACUGUGGCAGUGGUGGAGGCAGAGUGUGAAAAGAGCUCAGCCACUACCUACUUCUGGUACCGAGAGGCCUUGGACAUCUCUAACUCAAUCUCAGAGAGUGGAGGCCUCAACUGGAAGAUGACCCUGUGUCUCCUUGUGGCCUGGACCAUUGUGGGCAUGGCCGUCAUCAGGGGCAUCCAGUCCUCGGGAAAGGUGAUGUAUUUCAGCUCCCUCUUUCCAUACGUGGUGCUGGCCUGCUUCCUGGUCCGGGGGCUGCUGCUUCGAGGGGCCGUCGAUGGCAUUCUGCACAUGUUCACUCCCAAGCUGGACAAGAUGCUGGACCCACAGGUGUGGCGGGAGGCAGCCACACAGGUCUUCUUUGCCUUGGGGCUGGGCUUUGGGGGCGUCAUCGCCUUCUCCAGCUACAACAAGCAGGACAACAACUGCCACUUCGAUGCCGCCCUGGUGUCCUUCAUCAACUUCUUCACCUCGGUGCUGGCCACGCUCGUGGUGUUCGCUGUGCUGGGCUUCAAGGCCAACAUUAUGAAUGAGAAGUGUGUGGUCGAGAAUGCCGAGAAAAUCCUGGGGUACCUCCACACCCACGUCCUGAGCCGGGACCUCAUCCCGCCCCACGUCAACUUCUCCCACCUGACCACCAAGGACUACGCAGAGAUGUACAAGGUCAUCAUGACGGUGAAGGAGGACCGCUUCUCAGCCCUGGGCCUUGAUCCCUGCCUGCUGGAGGAUGAGCUGAACAAGUCUGUACAAGGCACAGGCCUGGCCUUCAUCGCUUUCACUGAGGCCAUGACACACUUCCCUGCCUCCCCGUUCUGGUCCGUCAUGUUCUUCCUGAUGCUCAUCAACCUGGGCCUGGGCAGUAUGAUCGGGACCAUGGCAGGCAUCACCACGCCCAUCAUCGAUACCUUUAAGGUGCCCAAGGAGAUAUUCACAGUGGGCUGCUGUGUCUUUGCAUUCUUCGUGGGGAUGUUGUUCGUCCAGCGCUCCGGAAACUACUUUGUCACCAUGUUUGAUGACUACUCGGCCACCCUGCCUCUCACUGUCAUUGUCAUCCUUGAGAAUAUCGCUGUGGCCUGGAUCUAUGGAACCAAGAAGUUCAUGCAGGAGCUGACGGAGAUGCUGGGCUUUCGACCCUACCGCUUCUACUUCUACAUGUGGAAGUUCGUCUCUCCACUGUGCAUGGCUGUGCUCACCACGGCCAGUAUCAUACAGCUGGGGGUCACACCGCCGGGCUACAGCGCCUGGAUCAAAGAGGAGGCUGCCGAGCGCUACCUGUAUUUCCCUAACUGGGCCAUGGCACUCCUGAUCACCCUCAUCGUUGUGGCAACCCUGCCUAUCCCAGUGGUGUUCGUCCUGCGGCACUUCCACCUGCUCUCUGACGGCUCCAACACUCUCUCCGUGUCCUAUAAGAAGGGCCGCAUGAUGAAGGACAUCUCCAACCUGGAGGAGAACGACGAGACUCGCUUCAUCCUCAGCAAGGUGCCCAGCGAGGCACCCUCCCCCAUGCCCACUCACCGCUCCUACUUGGGGCCUGGCAGCACAUCACCCCUGGAACCCAGCAGCAACCCCAAUGGACGCUAUGGGAGUGGCUACCUCCUGGCCAGCACCCCUGAGUCGGAGCUGUGACCACUGCUCCCGGCCUGCCUGCCUCUCCCCGCCACAUCCAGCCAGCUCCCCUGUUCCAGCCUGGCCUCUCCUCCCAGGCCGGGCCCUCUGUCCAAGAAGAGGGGGUCUGCCUGCAUCAUGCCUCACUCCAGUCCCAGCCAACUUCUCCCUACGCCUGAGUGGGGGCUGGGACAAUCUCUGUCCCCCAGUCUAGGCCUCCAACCUAUCUACCCUCUGAGGUUCUCUCACCAAAUUGCAGCCAAAUAACUGGAAUAAUCUGGAAAUCCUGAUUCACAGCACAGGGGAGACUCCCAGUGGCCACUUGAGGGGUCACUCCACCCUCCCUCUCUCCCUGUAACCUGCCACUUGCAGUUCUUUAGGUCUCAGCGUCCCUCUGUGCUGCCAGGUGGUGGUGGUG